AUGUGGAAACCAAGCCUCUUUGAUGGCUUGGAGGGCGAAGUCACUGCAGCUCGCGCCGAUGAGACUUCACCUUACCUUCUCGAUGACUUGGACGCCUUCGAGUCAUGUCUGAGCAGCAUGGGCAGCAUGGCCAGCACGAAGGAGAACCCGGCUACGCCUCUCACCCCCGUUACUAUCAAGUCAUCGUUUGAUCUCAACGAGACCCUGGUAGAGGGAGUAGGCUCUGUCAACGACCUCAUCCAUCAUUGUGGAAGAGGAAAGAGCUUAAUCGUUACUGAUUCUGAGGAUGAUGAAUUCUUCACCUCUAGUUCUUCGCCUCCUACGCCUGCAAAAGUCCAGCCUUGGGACGGAUAUAUCUCCUGGACGGAUACAUUGGCCAACAAUGAUUAUGGGAAAUUUGAAGGAAGGUUAUCCUCUGGCUGGCAGAGCCCUAAUCAAGACUUUUUAGCCCAUGGCCUAGUUUAUACCCCCCGAUUUGACGAUAAGGAUGCCUAUCGAACGGUUUUUCUGACUCAUCUUCCUCUUGAUGUCGACAUGAAAACGCUUCUCUCUGCCAUUCGGGGAGGACCAGUAUACUCGGCUCAUAUCAUGAACAUGGAAGCCUUUGCAGGAUACCAUAUGGGAGUUGUGACCUUUGUUCAGGGCAAGGAUGCUGCUGCCUACGUCAACUUCGCAGCCAACCACGGUGUCUACUUCAACGAUUCCAGAGUCGAUGUUAGACUUUCAAAGACUCCUACAUACCCAGUUUCAAAGGCCAUGCAGCAAAACAUUUCAGACCAGCUGUAUUCUCGCUGCUUAGUAGUUCGUGGAGAUCAGGAUCCGAAGCGUUACAGUUACAUUGCCAGGCACUUGAAAGCUAAAAUGCCCGUUGACUUUAGCAUGGGGGAUAGGAUGACUGAGAACUCUGCGGAAACUGAAAUUAAUAUCCGCUUCAGCUCAAUUCGGGCAGCAGAUAAUGGGUAUCAGAUUCUCCGGGCAUUUUUGAGGGAUUGUAUAGUGAACUUUACUCAGGAUCCCUGUGCUCAACCUCUUCCCGGCGCCAGAGAGAAGGAGUUGGAGGGAGUGCCUACCAUGGAAUUGGUGGGCAAAUUUGCUCUUAAUAUUAAGACGAGCUUCAUGACCAACGAGAUAGGAAAUUAUUAA